AUGGACAAGCUGAAAGUGAAGGCGCGGACUGCGCGCAACAGAGUGGCCGAGAGCGCGUCGCGCGGCGAUGGAAGAGGCUCGCUGUCAGAACCGCACUCGGCCUUGCCCCCGGACGACAACGCCAGCACCGCCGCCGUCAACGAGGGCUACCUGGGCACCGCUGCCCGUGACUUCGCCGCUCCCCGCGGACAGCCCGUACACCAGCCCGUGGUCGAGCCGCCGACAUCGUUGCAGUCGUCGGUCGAUGCUGGAAUUCCCGUGCCCACGCCGCGCAACAACAAUGGCAAUGCGAACCGCACGCAGGCUGCGCAUUCCGCAGGAAAGAACGGACGCUCACGCAGCAACUCGGCACCCCAGCGGCGGCCUGUCGUGGGCAUGCGGCAGUCGAGCAUUGGAAUCCGCCGGAUGCCUUCAGCCGGCGAAUUGCAGCAAGCCUAUGCUGCCCAGAAUGCCUCCACCAACGCUCUCUCGCAGGUGCCGUCGCGCCUGCCCGCGCUCGAGGAAGGCGUCCAGCUACAGCCCGUCAACACGGCCUCCACGGCCUCGAGCGAAUCCGACGGCCCGCGAGCAGAGCCCAACAGACUUUCCAAGUCCAUCAGCGCCGUGUCCGCCAAGUUGGGCUUUGGCAAGAGCAAGAAGGGCAAGGACAAGGCCCAGGACAAAGAAAUCGAACUCGAGGGUGCGCGAGGGCAAACCCCUGACCCAUACGGCGAUCGACAGUGGACAAAUUACUCCUCUAGCAUGGUCGACGUCUUGGACACAAUUGACCCCGAAGUCCAGACCCUCACGUCCUUGACCAACAUUCAAAAUUCGCUAUUCGUUCCCAACUUGGGCAGAUUCGUCAAUCGUCGGCCAACGUACGUCAUGUCGCGUGCACCCAGCGAAAGGCAGAGUCUGGAGGACAUCAACCGCGUUUUAGCACCGGUCCAAGACGCACAACAAGAGUCGGGAGCUCCCACCUUGAGACGCACGCAGACCGGGGGAACAAUGGCCACACUAGCUACUAUCGACUCACACCUGAGCGAUUCACGCUACGCUGUCCUCCCUCACGGCACAACACUUGAUGGGUGGACGAGGGAGGACAAGAAGGAGUUGAACGACCACGUCAGGCACAUGUUGCAUUCACGAAGGUCAAGAUUCAAGCGCUCCAUGAGAGGCUUCGGGCAGUAUGUUAAACGACCACUCGGAUUCUUGGUUACUCUCUACGCAACAUUGAUUACCUUGUUCGGUCUUGCGUGGGUCCUCUUCUUGAUCGGCUGGAUCAACGUCGGUGGACGGCAAAUCUACGUCGUCCAUAUCAUCGACAGCGUUUUGGUGGCCCUGUUUGCUGUUGUGGGUGACGGCCUCGCGCCUUUCCGCGCCAUUGACACGUACCAUAUGAUCUUCAUUGCGCACUACCACCGCUACACGUGGCAGCGGCGAAAGAAGGACAUGCUCCCUGAGCUACGUGACCACAAUGACCUACCUGCCAACAAUGCUCCAAUGGCUGGCCGCAAUGCCGCCGACCCCGAGGAUCCUGAAAAGCAAUGGGAGUUCACGGUGCUCACGCCCAAGCAACAGGCCAAGCUUGAACAUCAUCAAGCCAAGUUCUGCAAGUCGCAUUCCUUCUACAAGCCGCACGAGACCGACACGCAUUAUGCGUUCCCACUACGCCUGCUGGUCGCCAUCGUCGUGCUUUUGGACUGCCAUUCUCUGCUCCAAAUCUCGCUUGGAGCCGUUACCUGGGGUUGGUACUAUCAGAUUCGGCCCUUUGCGGUUACGACGGUCAUUUUGUGCUGCUCCAUCACCUGCAACGCCGUAGCUGGCCUGCUCAUCACCAUCGGUGACCGUCGAACCAGGAAGAAGGACGUUUUGGAACGCAUGAACAGACAGGAGCUGACAGAAGAGGCAAUGCAACAUAUAGAAAAGAAGAAGGAGAAAGAAAGCGAAAGCGAGAGAGAGGACAAUGAAGAGAGUAGCAAGGGAAGAAAAAGCCUAAACCUCCGUCGACACCGGCAAUCGGAAGACAAGCUCAGGGACAAGCAGCCCAACAGGGACGACGCGGGACCGAAUGCUUACCCGUGA